CGCUUGAAGUACCUCUAUGAGAAGAAGCAGCUUGAACGGGAACCCGUCAUGCGUGAUGCAGAGGGCGUUCUUGACAUGAUCAAAAAGAAGGUGCACGAAUGCCGCAUCCGUCUGUCCGAAUGGAUUCGGGAUAGCGAUAGGCUCAACCACGGAACGGUAUCCCGGCAGGCUUUCCGGCGAGCGCUUGGCCUUCUGCCUAUUCCACUGAAGGAAACCGAGUUGAACGUUCUUGAGCAUUAUUUCAAGGCCAAGGAGGAAAACUUCAUCAACUGGAGAGCCUUCUGUGAGGAGGUGGAGUCCGUCUUCGCAACACCACACUUGGAAAAGGAUCCACUUAAGGAGGCACAGGUGCUCAAGACAGAGGUCGGAAUUUCAGAGAACUACCUUCCGAUUGGACUGGCCGCUGAUGCGGAUGCAGCCAUCAAGAAGAUUGGUGGACUGGUAGGUGGAAUUCAACUGCUUUUGUUAAACUGCAGCCAGAAUGGCAACUUUGAUCAAACUCAUCGAAUGACGCUGAGCCAGAGUCAAUUCCGCCGCUGUUUGAUGACGCUCGGAUUGGCUGACACCAUUACUGAACACGAGUGGAUUGCCCUGUACGCCAAGUACCGGCACCCAAUCGGCGAGAUAGACAACAUCAACUAUUUGGCCUUCUCGGACGACGUGUACGAGGUUGCGGGCAUGGUCUACAGGACACCAUAA